UCGGACGGCUAUCCCCCCCUCAGAAUCGCGCGUCUCGGGUGUGUGGCGGUGCUGAGGUACUGAGGCGGCGGGUAGCUUGACACCGGGACUGUCCAGCGAGCGCAGCGCGGCGCGGCGGGAACCCGCAUCCAAAGUAGCCAGAGACCCGGAGCCGCGCCGAGCCCAGCCGAGCCGGCUAUGGCGUUGUCGAUGCCCCUGAACGGGCUGAAGGAGGAGGACAAAGAGCCCCUCAUCGAGCUCUUCGUCAAGGUGUAUGCCUCCACAUGUCCUCGGCAACUAAUCUAGAUCAAACGAACCCGUACUAAAGGCUGGCAGUGAUGGUGAAAGCAUAGGAAACUGCCCUUUUUCUCAGAGGCUCUUCAUGAUUCUUUGGCUGAAAGGAGUUGUAUUUAGCGUCACAACUGUUGACCUGAAAAGGAAGCCUGCAGACCUGCAAAACUUGGCUCCCGGGACCCACCCACCAUUUAUAACUUUCAACAGUGAAGUCAAAACGGAUGUAAAUAAGAUUGAGGAAUUUCUUGAAGAAGUCUUAUGCCCUCCCAAGUACUUGAAACUUUCACCAAAACACCCAGAAUCAAAUACUGCUGGAAUGGACAUCUUUGCUAAAUUCUCUGCUUAUAUCAAGAAUUCAAGACCAGAGGCUAAUGAAGCACUGGAGCGGGGGCUCUUGAAGACACUGCAGAAACUGGAUGAAUAUCUGAAUUCUCCCCUCCCCGAUGAAAUUGAUGAGAACAGUAUGGAGGACAUCAAGUUUUCCACACGCAAAUUUCUGGAUGGCAAUGAAAUGACACUAGCAGAUUGCAACCUGCUGCCCAAGCUGCACAUCGUCAAGGUGGUGGCCAAAAAAUAUCGUAACUUUGAUAUUCCAAAAGGCAUGACUGGCAUCUGGAGAUACCUGACUAACGCCUACAGUAGGGAUGAGUUCACAAACACCUGUCCCAGUGACAAGGAAGUGGAAAUUGCAUACAGCGAUGUUGCCAAGAGACUUACCAAAUAAACAGCACUUUGAAGAGAGAUGCCUUCAGAUUUCCCCUAAGAAUAUGCUUUCCUAACAGACUGCUCUGCAUCCUCUACAGUAGAAGUGUGUUCUGCAUGAACGUGCAGUUAGGGUUGAGGCUAGACAAGGUAUGUAGUUAUCUUCAAGUACACACUCCUAAGCAGUAUUAUUCCAAAGUCCUUUCACCCAGCUCACCUCCCCACCGGUCUCCUCUCCUCCGAUUCGGAGGCACUCCACCACAAGCUCUUCACCUGGAGCCCUUACCACCGUGUCCAUUCACUGUGCGUAGAUGGCAGAACUUUGAGGUGCAAUGGUUAACCAUAAAAAUAGCAGCCAUGACAUCAGUUGACCCCAAACUGGUGUGUAGUGCAUGGUCCAAGGAAUAUUUAUGUACUUGGGGAGAAUGUUGUAAUAUUUAGAAAGAGUGUAUGGAAGGAUUGCUACUGUAUUAGAAAUACUCUGAACUUGGUGCUGGACAUGUGCUGAAGGGCGGUGCCACGGAGAAGAGCCUUCUGUAGAGAGCAGCUACAGACUGCUGCUUUCUUGGUAGAUAGAUUGAAUUUUACCUAAAAUCAUGUCCUUUAUAUAAACAGUAACAUCUGACAGGACAUAGAAACUAAACGUUUAAAGUGAGGGUCAGGACAGCAGUCUCACAAGCAUUUACCCUUACAAGAGAAGCCGAUGGAGCCGGUUCUCUGUGUUGUCUGGCGUGUGCAUUUGCCCAGUGCCAUUCAUUUAGAGCUUUAUUGCUGCCUUCAUUUUAAUAUUUUUUUCUUUCUUCCUUUCCUUUUCCUCCAUCCCCCCUUGUUCUAUUCAUUCAUUCAUUCAUUCAUUCAUUCAUUCAUUCAUUCACUUACUCACUCAUUCUGGUGGUGCUUGGGAUGGAACCCAGGGCUUUGUACACACCAGGCAUACCCUCUGCCCCUGGGCUGCACCUGGCCCUGCCUUCAGUGUAAAAAGCUCCUUUCGAGGUAACCAUAGAUCUUUGAGCAACACUACAUAAACUGAUACUCAGCUGUAGCAGUCCAGUGAUUAGUAGUGUAAAAACUGUUGAGAUUAACUCAAGGAAUGUGGGAUGAGCUUAGUAAAAUGUCAAGCACACUGUUUGUCAAGCAUAUUCUGUGGGGAUGAUCUGAAGAAUGUGUCAUCUAUCCCAUACUAAACACCCUAAAGCAUGGUUCAUGCCCCUCUCAUCUGUCCCCCAUCUGCAUUAGACUGCAGAGGAAGGCGAUCACUUCUUUGGGACUACAUUGUAGUUGUCACAGUGAGUGUCUUUACCAUAAUUUUGACUCAUCUUAACCACCGUACUUCCUUGAGUUAAUUUUCCUGCAGCCACAUUGAAGAAUAGUAUUCUAUAUAUUAUCUUUUUUCUUUUGUUUUCUUACAUGAUCUCACUUUGUAUCCCUGGCUGGCCUUGAACUUGUGAUGACCUCUUGCAUCUGCCUCCUCAGUGCUAGAAUUACAAGCCUGUGCCACCAUAUCAGGUUUUGUUUUCUCAUUUUUUAAAUCGAAAUCCCAAAUUGAAAAUUACUAUUUGCUUGAACAAAGGAGAACAAACUUGGUAAAAGUAGAAGUUUACUAUGUGCCCCUUAAACAAGAUGGACAUUCUUAGUAGUAGUCUGAAGACUAGGUGUGACUAUACUACAUUUUUGGGUAAUUUUUAUACUUAACUUGUUCAAGAAGUGCUAUUUCUCAUAGGCUUUUUUUCCCUCAUAGUGUGUUACUUUAAGGUGGCAGUGUUUCCCCCCUUUGAUAUGCUAACAUUUAAUAAGCACUGGCUUUAUGAAAACAGUCUGACUUUUGUAAGCAGCUUUUUAAAAUGUACCCAUAAGUAGCUUAGUAUGGAAAGAUAAGAAAGGGUUUGUAUUAUAUCCUUGGCCCUUGUUGGACUUUAUUGCUGGUCAGAGGUGUGACAGCCAUCACUGUGUAAACACUGGAUGGUGAUAUAAAACACUAUACCUUCUCCAUUGAGAAAUGACACCUCCUGGCUUCGAUGGGUGGGAGUGUCCCAACCUAAAUAGUAGCCGCCUGUCCUUGGGUGAGAUUGCAUCUUGUCUCCUAACUAAAAGCAUGUGGAAGAUUCUAGAGACAGAGUGCCUAUUCUUUUGGCAAGUAGUUAAGACACAGAGAGUGCAGGGCUCCUGGAAGAACUGCGCUCCUCACACCAGAGGACAUGUGGAGAGUGGGGAAGAGCCAUGCAGGAGCUCUGAGAUGCCCACACUUGGGGUGUCUGUGCUCCAUGACUUAUUUGCCUAGGGGUUGUAAUUGGCUGUCUUUGGAUGUCCAAGGAAGGCGGGCCUCUCAUUGGUUUUGACAAAGGUAGAAUUUAAGUUUUCUAUUAAGGAAGUGAGUCAGAUAAGCUUGCGAAUGGCAGAAGGACUGAAGCUGUAGAAAGGAAGACCCCACAGCAAGCCCCCACCCUUCUGUUUGUGUGGGAAGAUUGUGGCUUAAAAUCUUGAGUCUUGAGAUGUAAAAGUUCCAUGCAGUUGAAGUAGUGUAUGCGCUGACAUCGGAAAUCAUCUGAUCUCAUGUCUAACACCAUCAAACCAUUCUUCUGCAUUCAACCUCCUUUUGUUAUGCUUCAUUGAGGAGACUGGAUUCUAGAGUGUCUCACUGUUUUCCAAGGAUACUGAGAAACUGUUAAAUAGUAGGAAAGUCCUUACUUGUUUCGGUUAAUAUAAUAACUUCCUUUUUAUGUAGAUAACAGGUUUUCAAAGAAAUGCAGAUAAGACUUUAUUUCUUAUUAGCUUUCACAGCUCCAAACCCUUGAGCAAUUUGUAUACAAUUAAGAGAUUGUGACACUGAUUUUUUUUUUUUAAGCUAGGUGGAUCAGCUCUAGAAUUUAGGCAUUCAUACUUCUGCUGAGUUAGGAAUCUUUUCCGAGUUGCUUGUAGAUAGCAUUUAUUUCUGUGUAUUUAAAAAACCCACUUUAGGAAAUGUCUACAAAGUAUAAAGGAGGCAAAGUAGUUUAUUUUUUUUCAUGGAGAUUUUGAUAUACAUCUCAUCAAGGUAAUUGAUUGACCAGUUUCUUACAUUAGUUAAUAAUCAACUGUUCAAAGAGAGGGAGGGAGGCACGCAUUAUUGAAACUUUUAGUAACCUUUUAAAAUUUCAUCCUUCAUAAUUAUCAAGGUUGGGGCAACCAAAUUAUAUUUUUGUCAUGGAAAAAAUUAAAGUCCCAAGCCACAAUGUUGAACAGAAUUGGAGUUUUUUUUUUUAAAGAAAUAGAAUUUCUUGGAUAGGACCGAAAGCUCAUUAUAGAAUGCUUGUGUUUCUUUCUUCUCCCUGGAACAUCAGUACCAGUAUAUUGCUGGCAGCUAUUGUAUUAAAAAAAUAAAUAUAUUUUCACUAUCAUAA